UGGCUCGGUAAUAGGCAUCAUGAGGCGGUGUGCCGGAGCUCAGUCCGUGGGAGGGGUCUGCCGAAGCUUUCCCUCUAAUUGACCAGGGAGCAGAAGCAGCCGCAGCCGGGGACACUGAGGGACUCUGCGAGCCGCAUUCUGUCGCUUAAUAACCGAUUACUGAGGCGCAACAGACGGGACUGGAUGUGUUAACGCGUCGGGCGGUUAGUGUGUGUUGGGCUGAGGAGCGGUCUCAAGUGUUUUAUCAGCUGUACUUUAAUGCUUGCGGUACACCCAGGAGAGGCACCGAGUGGAUCCUGCCUGUGCAAAUACUUCAGGCUCGGGCAUAAAGUGGUUUGCGUGCAGGAAACUGUUUGAACGUGUCUCUUUCUUUGCAUGGUGUCGCGGACAGAGACGGGCACAUGGGCUUGCCACAGCCGGAGACCCAUCCUGAUGCUCAGAUGGCUCAUCUCGAACUGUUUUACUUUGAUCAGCCCGAGCCGAGAGACGCCUCCCGAAGUGCCGACGAGCUGAGCUGCGGCGGCGGGGGAAAGUCGCUCCAUCCCGGCGGAGCGGAGGGUUCAGCACCCUGGACAGAGACCCGGAGCGCCGCGCGUCCCGAGGAGGAGACGGAGACGUCUUUCACGUGCAAACACCGGGAGGGAGAGGAGGAGGAGGAGGAAGAGGAGGAGGAGGAGGAUGUCCAGCUGAUGGAGACAAGUCCACCAACCUGCAGACUGAGUCAGAGCUCCUCAAGUGAACUGUACGAGGAGGAGGAGGAGCUGGUGUUGGAUGAGGAGGAGGAGGACAUCCCGGAACUUUACCUGCUGUCCGAUGACGACCUCUCCUCUGAAGCCUCGGGGAAGUCUGUGGAUUACGGCUUCAUCAUCGCCGUGACCUGCCUGGUCACCGGCAUCUCCCUGGUCGCCAUAUCCUACACGGUCCCCAGGGACGUCCGAGUGGACCCGGACAGCGUGUCCGCCCGGGAGAUGGAGCGCCUGGAGAGGGAGAAGGCCAGGGUGGGGGCCCAUCUGGACCGGUGCGUCAUAGCCGGACUGUGCCUGCUCACCCUCGGGGGCGUGCUGCUCUCCACCCUGCUCAUGGUGUCCAUGUGGAAAGGGGAGAUGAUGAGGAGGAAAGCCUUCGCGUAUUCCAGACACGCAGCAAAGUUGUACGGCUCGAUCAAUCUGAGAGCAGGCUCCAGCCCGACCCGGGAGUCCUGCUCGCAUUUGUCAGCGGCUGAUGAGGAUUUAGAAGUGCUGAGCUGAAUGUGUGGACAGGACAAGCGGAGAAGACUCAGAGAAGUGCUUAAAAUCCCACCAGUGCUGUUCUAUAAUCGGGGAUGUGGAGGUUUAAUGCCUUUUUAUUAUUUAUUUCUGACGGCUGAUGCUCCGGUUUUGGUUAAUAUAAGCCUUUUUUUUAAAGCACAGAUUCUCAUUUUUUUCUAAGUCUGUCUUGAUGAAAUAUGCACAUGCCCUGAUGCACACUGAAACAGCUUCUGUUUGCUGCAACUGUUGCUUUUGUCCAUUACAGCCCUGAAGAGUUCAGCCCUGAUUCACUUCUAAUGUAAGUGACUGGGGACCAAAUCUGCAGUUUGAGUACAAAUGCAUUUUAAAGCUCUGAGGCGACAACCCUGAAUCCAAAAAUUUAGUUUCGAUGCUGCAUAAAACAGACCGUGAUCAUCUGAUGUAAAGUCAUGUGAAAUAGUGCAGUAUGUUUCACCCUGAGUGCUUCAAACACAGCCGGUCAGUGACCCUGACACUGUUACCAGAGGUGCAUAACCACACACAUUCUAGUACAAGUACAGACACUUAAGCAAAGGUAAUAGAUUACAGGCUUUGAAAUGUCCUCAAAGUACAAAGUAUCCCUAGUAGUUGAUUGUUGAGUCUCAUUCUCUGGACCUCAAAUAGCCACAAAUAGCAACAAAGUGAGAAAAAACAAAAAAUCCAGGCAGAGGGCUGCAGGUCUCUGCAGGUACGAGACACCAACACGCCUUUUCUCCCCAUUCCAGUCUCGCCUCUCUGUCUGUUUCCAUUUCAUUACGUCUUUGUCGCCGUUUCAUCUUGCUUCUUUUGCCGUGUGUGAUACGUGAUGAUAGGCUGAAAUUAGUUGUGUGAUGUUGGGAAGGUGGUGCAAUGACACUAAAUAAAAAUAAUCCCCUCAAAUGCAUUAAAGAUGAAGAUACGUUCAGAUAUCUGUGUUCAAAUGAAGGGCUAAAAAGAAAAAUAACUAAUAAUACAAAGUCAAGAUACAUGAAACAUCUACUUAAAGUCUACCUAAGUACAAUUAUAGAGUAGUUGUGCUUCGUCACCACCCGCCUCUGGUCAUCAACCCUCAACAGUUACGUUUUGAAGCGCUCCUCUAGUGCAACAUUAUAAAAAGCAUGAAAAAUUCUAAGUUUGUGAAGGUUGGAUGGGUCAUAAACUGAACUUUAUAUCGGAUAACUCAAGUUUGUGUCCUACUUGUGAUUAUGUUAUGUAAUAUGCUGUGAGUUACGUUACUUAAGUAACCUCCAUUACUGAAGUUAUGAGACUGAAUUUUUUGUAAACUUAACCAAAACAUUUCUAUGCCAAACUGUUUGGACACCGUUAAUAACGGUCCAAAAGUUUUAAUAUGUCAUAAUACUGAUUUAACUGUAUGUCAGUAUGCUUUAUUUUGAAAGUCUAACUGAGAGUUGCAUUUUUAGGAAUUAUUAUUAACCUGACCACGAAGCCCUGCACGCAAAACUGAUGCUAGAGUGUCAUAGUUUGAAACUUCAGUCAAGACUACUAGCUUCAUGGCUAACUGAGCUAAAUAGCUUGCAGUGGUUAGAGGUUACACUGGUGAAAUUCUGAACCCUAUUUGUUUUUUUAGUUCUUACCCAUAGUUGUUGUGUGUUGGUCGGUUGGGCCGGCCAACAACCCAAAGCUUCAGAUUUUUAUGAGUUCUGAAUGAGACUCAACAACUGUCUUACACAUCACCGAGCGAGCUGCCAUAACACGUUUCAAACAAGUGGAAUUCUUUAUAAUCAGCUGUUUGGAUCAUUUCACAGGUGAACAGGUUGGUUGGUAAGAGGUAAUCAUGAUUGGGUAUGAAAGAGACGACUUGGAAAGGCUCAGUCGUUCACAAACAAGGACGGGGCGAGUUUCAACUCUUGAUUGUAUAAACGAGGUGACUACAUGGGCUCAGGGACACGGUAGAUGAUUGCAUUCUGUUUUUAUUUUCAUUUUAGCCUAAACACAUUUUUGGGAAUCAGGGUUUUGAUACGAGGAGCAGACCUGCGACAAGGUUUUUAAACACUCUCAGACAGGAUUUUCUUUUCCUCAGUGUUCACUUUACAAGGUAAUCCACCAGAAAUGAUAGCUUUUGAUUGACACCUUAGCCCAAACCUCCGUCUUUGUGUAAUCAUCCUUCAAUUAUAGCUCAACAAGAGAGCACUGUCUGCAGAACGCAGGGAGGGCACUUUGAACAGAAAAGGACUGUCAUUUUUGAAAAUACCAACUUGUUUUGCAGCCUCAUGUUAAAGCGACUCUUCCACCUCGUGCAGUUUCCCUGCUGUAUUACUGUCAGCCUACUUACAGGCUUCUGUACAAAACAAAAACCAACUGUAAGAAUCCCAAUUUUACAAUUUUGGAACCCUGAUCUCAGCGUUAUGUGAAGGCAGAGUAGAAAAUCUGGUUGAAUGAAUGCUUAUGCAGGUUUUGUUACUUAGUAGUAGAAAGAGGCUGUGGACGAUCUCGAGUCCCUGUCACAGGAAACACAUUUCAGCAGGAGACACAACAUGCCCGUCUGCUCUCUGGUUGUUUUACCUCAUUUUCUAUCACCCUCCUUCUUUUGUUUGCAGUGCAGAGUUUCCACAGCUAUUCCAUUUACUCAGCCGGCACCUGGUUGAUGGGGAACCAAUCCAUACGCAGGAGUAGAUGCAAAAAAACGUUGUCUAUUACCAGUUUAACGGCAGAUAAACCUUCUCUUCACCGCUUUCUCUGAACUCUUCACAGCCACAAUAGACAAAACGGAUAAUUGCUGCAACCAGGAGCUCUUUUUUUGUGUGCACAUGGGCAUGUAAGAGUUGUAUUAAGAUUUAAAGUUCAAAGUAAACCUUACAUGAUGACACGCUGUACAGAAGUAUUAAAACGUGAGGUUUUUGGACUUGUGUUAUCUAGAAAUAUAUAUUUUGUUUACAUUGGUGGAUGGUGGUUUGCCUUCUGAUUAACCCUGAACCACCGCAUCCGUUCCUCUGAUGAA